AUGCUAGGUAAAAGGGUUCAAAAAGAACUUAAUUCCCAAAUUUAUAUUGAAACUAAAUGUGGGACGGCACCACCGAUCCCUCAUUUGUCAUCAGAAUCCGACGAGUUGUCAUCAGAUGAUGAUUUCUAUAGCUGUCUUGAUGUUGAAUCGAGCGCAUCAUUUCAAGACUUUUACGAUUCUGGUAGACUUAGUGAUUUUACCCCUGAUUCGUCAGAUACUGAUGAUGUGGAUUUUGAUGACGAGGAUUUUUUAGUACGAAAUAUUUUAUUGAGACAUUAUGAAGACGGUAGUGGGAAACAGGAAAUUUUUGACGACAAUGAUGUUGGAAAUGAUGAGCGUCCUACAUUUAGGCAGCUGUUCUCUGUUUGGGUAACUAUUUGGAGAAUUUGUCAAAAUGCUGUCGAUGAUCUACUGUCUCUAUUUAGAAGUCAGUCUUGGGGAUUAGAUUUACCUAAAACGUGUCGGUCCCUUUUAAAAACUCCGCGUUCUGUCAAUGUAAAAGAUAUACCGCCUGGGAAAUAUCAUCAUUUCGGAAUUCUGAAUGGAAUAAUACGCAUACUAAAUUUAAUUUCAGAAUCAGACAUUCCAUUUGAGAUCUUUAUUUUUGUCAACGUAGACGGCCUUCCAAUCGCAAAAAGUAGUGGGAGCCAAUUGUGGCCAAUCCUAGCUAUGAUUUCAAAUAUUCACUUUCGACAAGUGUUUUGCGUUGGGCUUUUUCAUGGUAGUGAAAAACCGCAUUUCUCGUGUGAAUAUCUUGCCGAUUUCAUAUCUGAGGCACUUAAUCUAUGUAAUAAUGGUUUUACGUACAAAGGUCGCCCUCAUAUUUUAAAAAUUGAUGGUUUCAUAUGCGAUGCUCCUGCUCGGUCCUUCAUUUUGGGGGUUAAAAGUCAUUCUGGUUACUUUGGUUGCACGAGAUGCAUACAACAGGGAGAAUAUCUUGGCAGGGUUGUCUUUUUAGAGCGUGACUCUCCUGCGAGAGCGGAUCAAUCGUUUCGGAAUCGCCAACAUGAAGAUCAUCAUGUCGGCGAUUCCAUUCUUGAAAGACUUGAUAUCGACAUGGUAAAGGAUAUCCCCCUUGACCCUAUGCACUUAGUAAAACUUGGUGUUAGUAGAAAAUUACUCUUGACUUGGAUUCGUGGCCCAUUACAGCACAGACUGCUCAAGUCGCAAGUUUUAGUGUUGUCAUCUCGAUUAGAGGAUUUACGAGAUUAUGUCCCAAAAGAAUAUCCGAGAAAAACCAGGUCAUUAAAAUUUGUUGAUCGAAUGAAGGCAACGGAACAUGGAUUUGUUCAUUCUUGUGUCGGUCCCGUAAUUUUUAUGGAUAUUUUGCCCCCUCGCGUUUUUAAUAAUUUCUUGGUUUUUCAUGUGGCUAUUACUAUUCUUUCAUAUCAAGAAUUUUGCCAUACCCAGAAUGAUUACGCACGGGAUUUAUUAAAAUUUUUCGUGGAAGAAGCUGAAGAAAUCUACGGGUCAGAAUUUUUGUCUUAUAAUGUACACAGCCUCAUACACCUUCCCGAUGACGUUUUGCGUUACGGCUCACUCCCAAAUUUUUCUGCAUUUCCAUUUGAGAAUUAUAUGCAGACUUUGAAAAAACUAAUAAGAAAGAGUGACAAGCCCUUAAAACAGAUAGCGAAGCGUUUGGUAGAGUUGGGAAAUUUUUACUUUGCCAUAAACAAGAAGGAAGUGUCAGUUCACAAUCGUGUUUUCCGUUUCGAGCAUGACAAAGGCCCCUUAUUGCCCGGUCUCCGCUUCCGUUCAAUAAUCCAGAUAUAA